AAAAAAAACCGGAAGCUACUAAGCUCAAUAGAAAACAACAGACACGUGCGAGACUCCAACUACCCGCCAGGCUGCCUCGCAAAACGGAGCCUGCGCUUUUCAACUACUACAAGCUCGACUCCGCUCUGGUUUCCGGUUUCUUCAUCUUCAAGCAUUUCAAUGGAAAUUCACAGGGUUGCUUUCAUCAUCAAGAACCCUUUGUUCGAUGACAAGUUUCUUCUCCGGAAACAGACGCGUCCGCCCAAAUUUGGCGACGAUGAGUAUGAUUCUUACAUUGAUUCCGAUCUCUACGACCUGCCUUCUGUUCAAUUGAAUCCUCUGGAAGGAGAUUCCCAGUCUCCAGUUCUCCUUCAAGGCACAGAAUCUUGUUCGCUUGACGUGGGAAAAUUCGACUUCAAAUCGGCUAUCGACGAGGUUUUGGAGCAGAUGGGGUUUCGGUCGUUUGAUGGGGUAGAAUGGACACUGUGGAAGUAUGAGGAAGAAGCCGAAUUCGGUCCAGUGCCUCCUGUUCAGACUCUGUUCGUUAUGGGGAAAUUGGCGUUUGAAGAUGAACACUUAAAAGAGCUAGGCAAGUGGAUGUCCAUUCAGAGUUGCCUAAACUUGCUUCUAGGAGUGAAACCAGGUAGUGAUCGUGUGGGACCUCUGGUAGUUCUUGGUCUUCUGAAUGAAUCUGAACAAUCUAUGAAGUUGAAAAUUCCACCUAGCUUGCAUUGCCAGGAGUACCCGCCAGGUGUUAUGCUUGUACCUAUGGGAAGUAGAACAGCAAAACCUUUUUGGACUACAAACUUGGUUGUAUUUGCACCUAAGAUAGCUUCCAACUGUUGUGGAGUUAACAGCUCUGUUGCCCAUGGAGAUGCACUUAUAGUGGAUCCAGGAUGUAGGUCUGAAUUCCAUGAAGAGCUUAAGGAAAUUGUUGCUGCUUUGCCAAGAAAGCUAGUUGUCUUUGUUACCCAUCACCAUCAUGACCAUGUUGAUGGUCUUUCUAUUAUCCAAAAGUGCAAUCCUGAUGCUACUCUCAUGGCACAUGAGAAUACCAUGCGUCGCAUUGGAAAAGGUGAUUGGUCACUUAGCUAUAUCUCAGUCUCAGGAGCCGAAGAUAUUUGCAUUGGCGAUCAGCAAUUGCGUGUCAUUUUUGCUCCAGGACACACAGAUGGGCACAUGGCACUUCUUCAUACCAACACUCAUUCAUUGAUCGUGGGAGAUCAUUGUGUGGGUCAAGGAAGCGCUGUCUUGGACAUUACUUCAGGUGGAAAUAUGAAUGAGUACUUCCAAACAACUUACAAUUUUUUGGAUCUAUCUCCACAUGCUUUAAUCCCCAUGCAUGGGAGAGUGAACUUGUGGCCAAAGCACAUGCUUUGUGCAUAUCUCAAGAAUCGCAGAAAUAGAGAGCUGUCCAUCUUGAAAGCCAUAGAGAAUGGUGCCAAUACAUUGUUUGACAUAGUGUCAAAAACAUAUCUUGAUGUUGAUUCCAAGCUUUGGAUUCCUGCUUCAUCAAAUGUGAUGCUUCAUGUGGAACAUCUUGCUAUGCAGAAUAAGUUACCAGAGGACCUAUCAUCGGGGAAGACAAUUGGCAGUGCUAAGGAAUAUAAAGGACUCUACUACUUUGAGGAGGCUACUGUGAGUGAACAAUGUCAAAUUGCUAGUUGUGAUUCUGCAUCUGUUCCUAAGGAUAGUAAUAUUUUGUUAUGGCAUUUUAGAAAGGGUCAUUCCAAUUUCCAGUAUUUAAGACAGUUAUUUCCUUCCAUUUGUUCGAAUAAAACAUCAUUUGACUUUCAAUGUGAAAUUUGUGAAAUUGCAAAAUAUCAUCGUACUUCUUUCCCAAAGUCCAAAUACAAACCAACCUCUCUAUUUAUAAUGAUUCACAGUGAUGUAGGGGGCCCAUCUAACACUCUCAAUCGUACCCACACAAAAUGGUGUGUUACUUUCAUUGAUGAUCACACUCAUAUUUGUUGGGUAUACUUGUUGAAAGACAAAACUGAAGUGCGUUCUGUGCUUAUCAAUUUUCAUUCCAUGAUUCAAACACAAUUUCACACAAAAAUUCAAAUUAUGUGUACAAAUAAUGGCACUUAAUAUUUUAAUUGUAUUAUGGGAAAUUAUUUACAAGAACAUGGAAUAAUACAUCAAAGUUCAUGUGUUGACACACCCCAACAA